AUGUGGAGGGUAUCCAGCCUUAAGGAAAAAACAUUCAAGUUGGUUCCUGAGCUUGCAGACUUGCCGUUCGACGCUGCUUUACCUUCUACCACAACUUUCACCGCUUUCACCGCCUUGGAAGCAUCUGAUGACAUAGGUAUCUCUAGUGAGUCGGAGAGUCCCUCUAACAUGAUCAUGCAAUUACGCAAAGCAGCUAAUCACACCGCUCUCCUUUCCCGCCUGAUCUACCCUGAGCCGCUAUUGCGCGAGCUAGCACAGGUAUUACACGCUGAUGAAAGUCAUGUAAAGGCGGACGUGAACUUGAUUUUUGAAGAUCUCUCCGUCAUGACAGACCAUCAGGUGCACACCACCUGUUCUCUCUAUGAGGUAAGUGCUUAUGGUUAG